AGACCCAGUCAGAUUUAUAUAUUCCAUUUCCACUUAAUUUUCUUCAUUUCUUUCUUCUCUGCCUCUCUCUCUGCUGAAGCUGAAGCUGAGACAAUAGUCUUUCAUGGGCUACAUGGCACGGCGACCACAAUCAGUUAGAUUACAAAAACGGUGCGGUUCGAUCACAACCCACAAUCACUAAGCUUGUUUCCCCUUCUGCAAAAGAUUGAAGCUUUUCCCCUUUUCCACAAGCUCACUUUUUUUUCUUAAUUCUUGCUCUUGUUGUUGUUGUUGUUGUUGUUUUUUGUGUGUGUUUCAAUCUUUUCGCCAUGAGCUUCUUGCGGCCUUCUGCUCUGUACCAGUGCCUACUUGCGUGCCCUUCGCUGCGUUGGAUGCCAUGUCAGAGUUGGGAGUUUCUCCGGUGGCCGGGGCUCGAUGGGUUCUUGAGACUCUUGGUUGUGGUGCUUCUUUGGACUAUUUUUUCGGAAAUCCGGUUCAUUCCAUCAUCGUCUAUGUACCCGACUCUUCGUGUUGGUGAUCGUGUCCUGGUUGAAAAGGCCUCAUAUUACUUCAGAACCCCUGCUUUGCAUGAUAUUGUUACAUUUCGAGAUCCAACACAGGAACCAGGUAACUUGGAACAGAUAGUUUUCAUAAAGAGGAUUGUUGCAAAAGCAGGAGACUUAGUUGAGGUUCGUAAUGGAUGGCUCUACGUCAAUGGUAUUGCACAGAAGGAAGAUUUUAUCGCCGAACCACCCACCUAUGUACUGAACUUAACUUAUGUGCCUGAGGGCCAUGUAUAUGUGCUGGGCGACAACCGUAACAACAGCUAUGAUUCUCAUGUUUGGGGACCCCUUCCCAUGGGAAACAUCUUGGCAAGAUAUGUCACGUGUUGUCACAGACCUCUACGCAGUUAGCUCAAUAUUUGAAAAACUGGCUAGAAGUACGUGAAGCUAAUUAGGAUAUGACAUGCGGUAGCGUAGAUAUAUGCGUCGAAUGCAGUCAUUCUUACCCCGAUUAUGAUCUGUGAUUCCAUUUAAAUCAUUCAAUCAAGGCAUGCAACUUGAUGUUGGAUGCUGUCUGUGUAUUUAUCUGUACUGUAGUACAAUGCCUGGAACUUGCUUGUAGACAAUUGACAAGAAACUAAAUUUGUUGUCAAUUCUCUAUCACAAAAAACUCCAUUUCGCUGUAA